UUAAGCUAAAAACGUGGAUUGACGUCAACACUCCCAAAGAAAUGGCAUUUAAUAAUCAUCUACCAUAAAUACUAUAUAAAGUGUUUGUUUUGUUGAUAAGAUCAAAUCACACAACAAUUCAAUCCUUAUCAACGACAAAAACAACAACAUCAUCAUUUUUGGUCUCAAGAAGAACAAAAUAUGUCGAAAGAAAAUUUUUUCAUUGGAUCAAUUGAUCAAGGAACAAGCAGCACUAGGUUCGUCAUCUAUGACAAAUCAGCUAAACAAAUUGGAUUUCAUCAGGUUGAAUUCACUCAGUUCUAUCCAGAAGCAGGGUGGGUGGAGCAUGAUCCAGUGGAGAUAUUGGAGAGUGUGAAGGUUUGUAUUGCUAAGGCAGUGGAUAAGGCAACAGCUGAUGGAUUUAAUGUGGAUAAAGGGUUGAAGGCUAUUGGUCUAACCAAUCAAAGAGAGACCACUCUUCUUUGGAGCAAAUCCACUGGUGUUCCUCUUCACAAUGCUAUUGUUUGGAUGGAUGCUCGUACUGCAUCUAUUUGCAGGAGACUGGAAAAGGAGUUAUCGGGCGGUAGAACCCACUUCGUAGAGAGUUGCGGUUUGCCUAUCAGCACAUAUUUCAGUGCUUUGAAACUUUUGUGGUUGAUGGAAAAUGUGGACCCUGUCAAGGAAGCUAUAAAGAAAGGCGACGCCUUGUUUGGAACCAUAGACACUUGGUUGAUAUGGAACUUAACCGGAGGUGUGAAAGGAGGAUUGCAUGUUACCGAUGUUUCCAAUGCAUCCCGAACAAUGCUGAUGAAUCUAAAAACCCUUGACUGGGACGCAUCUACGUUGAAAACACUUAAAAUCCCUCCUGAAAUUUUGCCUAAAAUCAUCAGUAAUUCAGAAGUUAUAGGCAAUGUCGCCUCUGGAUGGCCAGUUGCUGGUAUCCCUAUCUCCGGAUGUCUAGGGGAUCAACAUGCAGCCAUGCUAGGACAAGCGUGCCGUAAAGGCGAAGCUAAAAGUACUUAUGGCACAGGUGCUUUCAUUCUGCUAAACACUGGUGAAGAAAUUGUUCAAUCUAAGCAUGGCCUUCUAUCAACUGUAGCCUUUAAGCUUGGCCCGAAAGCUCCAACCAAUUAUGCACUUGAAGGAUCAGUUGCAAUUGCUGGAGCUGCGGUGCAAUGGCUGAGAGACAGUCUCGGUCUCAUUUCUAGUGCUAAAGAUAUAGAGGCUCUUGCUUUAACGGUUGACUGCACCGGCGGAGUUUACUUUGUUCCCGCCUUUAAUGGAUUGUUUGCUCCAUGGUGGCGUGAUGAUGCUCGAGGGGUUUGUAUUGGAAUAACAAGAUAUACCAGCAAGGCUCACAUUGCUCGAGCCGUUCUUGAAAGCAUAUGUUUUCAAGUAAAGGAUGUAAUUGACUCGAUGCACAAAGAUUCUGGGAUUGAUGAAACCAAGAAAAGCGAUUUUUUGCUCAGGGUUGACGGAGGAGCAACUGCUAACAACCUUUUGAUGCAGAUUCAGGCAGAUUUGUUAGCAACUCCAGUAGUUAGACCAGCUGACAUAGAGACAACAGCACUUGGAGCAGCCUAUGCAGCCGGAUUAGCCAUCGGGGUUUGGAAAGAAGAUUAUGUUUUCGACUGUAGAGAAAAACUGAAGGACGCUGGCGUUUUCAGUCCGGUAAUGGCCGCGGAUGUGAGGAAAAAGAAAACAGACUCUUGGAGCAAAGCUGUUGGUAGAUCUUUUGACUUAGCAGAUCUUACUCUUUGAUGGUCUUACAAAAAAAUUUAUCCGUAUCUUUAUUUUUAAUUUUAAUAUCUUAUACUUAUUGGUACACUUUUAUUUUAGCCUUGGUCCUUUAAAUGAAUGCAAUAAUUAUUUGUCCAUUAUGCGAUAAAAUUGAGAUUUUAUUUGUAGUUUGUUCUUUCAUUUCCUUGUAUAUGAAGAAGAACAAAAGCAUUACAUUAAAGUUUUUUUUUUCUUCAUGUUUAUGUAUAGUGUAAACAGGAAUCUGUGAUGUUUUCUAACAUUAUUUAGUAAAUUUGAGAUGCUUACUUAAA